AUGUGCUUGCAUGUAUGGAAGAAAAUUUUCUCACUCCAGCAGACUUCGUCGACCACAUUCUCGGAAGCACAGAACACGAGAGACAUGCUGCGCACCGAGGUGACAGAUUUGUCACUCGAAAAGCACGGACUUCGUUUCAAAGCCACGUCUGCAACUGUUGAACAACUGGAGAGCGCAUUCAUGCAUCAGCUCACAGAAAAAAUGCAGGAGGUGGCACCUAACCUGUGGCAUCUAUUCUUCGCGCUGCUCGACAGCACACUUCAGCAGCGGCAAGCUAUGGGUGGGAAUGUGAAGGUGGGCAAUGAGGACAUGGAUAUUUAUGUUGAAGAGAGGGACCUUGGAGAAUUUGGAGGUGACAACAUUGGAGGAAUGAUGCAUGAAGAAGACGACGUGAAUGAAGAAGCUGACAACGAGCAAUCAGGAAAACACCAACGUCGUGCAGCUGAAAGAAACGCUGCACUGUUAGUCAUUAGAACUGUUACAUCUAAUUCACGGUGCAACCUACUACAAGGAUGGCUGGGGUUCUUCAUGAGGUCAGCGUGUGUCCCCGAGAAAGUUGUCAAAGUGUUCGCCCAUGUGGGUUUGUCAAUUAGCUUGAUGUCCUUCGUGAGCGCAAUGUCAGCAACCGUCAUUCCUCUAUAUGGCAUCAACGACGAUAACUUCGAUGCUCUACGAUCCUUGGCGCAGCUCUGGGAUCGGGAUUCACACAAUCCAUCGUUGUCGGUACUACCUGUGAUGACGGAGUGGAGAAGCUUCCUUCAAUUGCACAAAGACGAUGCUUACAGUCGUCAAACACAUCCCAAUAGACUGAGCCCUCGCCAGGAAGUGUUUUCUUGGCACGUUCAUGCCAUUCUGGUCAACCAGGUCGAAGGAUUCAAGCAUUUCAAAAAAGAGCUAGACGAGCCUGAUACAGUCAAAAGAAUCCCUCUGCACAAAACAAAUCAAAUACCUUGUCGGGCAAUGGAUAUCAAGCAGUCCACAACAGAUGGGAAUGUUGAAGUUCUCGACAACCUGUUUAGACAAGGAGGUAUUGGCGAUCCUCACGAUAGCGGGUUUGAUGCGGAGCAUGACGUGGACAUGUCGGAGCACAUCAUGCUGAUCCAUGGUGACCUUUGA